UAAGCGGCUGUAUGAGCAUGCGCAAAAUGAACUGUGACAACCACCAAACGCACGUGUGUGUUUGUUAUGUGAAAGUGACUUGGAUCUAAAGUGUUUUCGCAAAGGAAUUUAUAUUAAACGCCAAGAAUGAGAUGCGUUGGCCUGGAUACGGUUUGUGCAAUUGUGUUAUUGUGUUUAGAAGUAUCGUGGGCAUUCCAGAGAUUCAUACCAAUAGGUGCUAUAUUUGACAAAAAUGACUUGAUCUCCAAACGAGCGUUUGACUACGCCGUUGACCAACAUGCAGCGAAUGAAGACAGAGAGCAGUACUUCCAGUUUAAUGUGACGGUGGAGUUGAUAGAUAUAUCGGAUAACUUCCAGCUGGCUUCUGCAAUGUGCCAGCAGAUGAGCGAUGGGGUUUUUGCAAUACUUGGUCAGAAAGAGAUGACGUCCACCGACAUCGUCAAGUCUUUCUCCAAGACGUUCCACAUGCCGUUCAUCACCCCCAGUCUUUCCCGCAUCGCCGUCAGUGAAGAAUCCAUCUUCGAACUCCACAUGCGCCCCGACUACACGUACGCCCUCACUGACGUCAUCCAGUACCUCAACUGGGGACAGGUCCACUUCCUGUAUGACAGUGACGAAGGCUUGUUGCGGCUACAGCAGAUAUUCUGGUCCCUCCGAGAUCAACACUUUGUCGAGGGAUUUGCCGUGCAGCGUCUUCAAGACGUCCGAGACGUCCAUGACGAGUUACGUCACCUUGACAGAAGUUACGCUGGGUCCUACAAAAACAUCGUCCUUGACCUUUCCUCAGAGGAAGCAUAUGACCAUGUCCUACGUCAGAUACCUGAAGUCGGUAUGAACAAAUAUGGCUACAAUUAUUUGCUUGGCUCUUUGGAUUUCAAAAAUUUAAAUUUGACACGCUACCGCCACGGUGGAGUCAACGUCACGGGAUUUCAACUUCUCGACGAGAAAAACGAGAUUAGCCGAGGUUUUCUGGAGGCCCUGGGCAUGACCCCCGGGCGCUUUUCCUCCCCUAAGGAUUACCAGUCCGUCCCCGUCCGUGCGGCCCUGUUGGUGGAUGCAGUGUAUCUGCUGGGCCAGGCCAUCUACAGCAUGAUGCAGAACGACAGCGAGGUGUUCCGCUACAACUUCAGGCGAGGAGACCUGUACACCUACAACGACACUAAAGGGAUACCCUGUGAUAAAAACCCGCCAGUACCCUGGAUGCACGGGGAGGAAAUUCUACACAGAAUAAAACAGAUGCAGCCAACAGGUCUGUCCGGCGUACUGUCCUUCGACAGGAAGGGCUUCAGGCAGGACUACAGUCUCGGAGUAUACUCCGUCAGUCUGGACAAUGGUCCCUCCAAGAUCGGCACCUGGUACAGCAGCGAGCGGGGGUUCGAGAGCGAGGAGCACGACACACUCCAUCUACCAGAUAUACAGUAUUUAGACAGGGGAGCUAACUCCACCAAGAUUAUAACGUCGAUACUGGUAGAUCCUUUCUUGAUGUGGGCCAAGGAAGACGCUGGAAGACCAAAGCUUGGAAAUGACAGGUUUCAGGGUUACGCCGCUGACCUGUCCUACGCUAUGUCUGUGAAGGUGGGCUUCGACUUCGCCAUUAAGCUGGUGGACGAUGGAGCCUAUGGGUUGAAGGACAACAGCACCAACACCUGGAACGGGAUGAUUGGAGAACUCACUCGAAACGAAGCUGAUAUGGCAAUAGCUCCACUGACAAUCACAGCUGAUCGAGAACGUUUUGUGGACUUCUCCAAACCUUUCAUGAACUUCGGCAUCAGCAUCAUGAUCAAGAAGCCGGACAAACAGAAGCCGGGUGUGUUCUCCUUCAUGCAGCCCCUGCGCCUGGAGAUCUGGGUGUGCAUCACAGUGGCCUACAUCGGGGUCAGUGUGGGGCUAUUCCUGGUUAGUAGGUUCAGCCCACUCGAGUGGAAGAAGGGCCCCGAUGCCACAGAGGAGGAGCUAGCCAACGAAUUCUCCUUACUCAACUCAUUCUGGUUCUCCAUGGGUGCGCUUAUGUUCCAAGGAAGCGACUCCUGUCCGAGGUCGGUGUCAGGUCGUAUAAUAGGUGGCGUGUGGUGGUUUUUCGUCCUCAUAAUCAUAUCCUCCUAUACUGCCAACCUGGCUGCCUUCCUCACUAUAGAGCGGAUGUUUACACCUAUAGAGUCGGCAGACGACCUUGCGAAGCAGACGGCAAUCAAAUAUGGAACAAUUGAUUCAGGAACAUCGUUACUAUUUUUCAAAAACUCCGAGGUACCCACGUAUAAACAGAUGUGGAACUUUAUGAGCGCUAACCCGGAUGUGUUCGUCAAGUCGGCAGCAGAGGGCGUUGCCAAGGUCAGGGACUCUAAGGGCAAGUACGCGUUCCUAUUGGAAUCCUGCUUCAACGAAUACGAAAACAACCGGAAGCCGUGCGAUACCUUGAAGGUGGGCCCCAAACUCAACUCAAAGGGUUUCGGUGUUGCUACGCCAAGGGGCUCGGAAUUAAGAGACAAGAUCACUCUGGCCGUUUUAACUCUGCGAGAAGAUGGAACUCUCCACACACUACAGAACAAAUGGUGGUUUGAGAAAGGCCAGUGUGGAAUAGACGGGGGAUCAAAGGACUCCGGGAAGCGGUCUUUGUCGCUAAGCAACGUUGCGGGUGUGUUCUACAUUCUCGUCGGUGGUCUGGUGUUUGCAAUCAUUCUGGGAGUGUUUGAGUUUAUGUGUUUUAGAGCGAAAAAUCCAAAGGCUGCGUGCUCGCCAUCUCAAGCAACGUACCUAAGGGGGACGGAGACAGCGACGACACUGUGUACUCCGAACGACAGAGAAGACGGCAAUCUACCGUAUGAUUAUCAAAAUGAGAAAAAUUUAGCAGAGUACACGUACGACCAACCUCGACUUUUUGGAUUUGAGGCUUUUAAUGACAACAAACCAAACACGGACGUUUAAACGAAGAUGAUCCUAAAGCUUAGUGUACAGCGAGCCACAUCACACCAACUUGUUUCAUCAUCAAGGCCAGAUGUAAAUUCAAACAGCUCAACAACCUUUGACCUUGAUGACCUCAAACGUGAUCAGCUGCACGAGGAUUUCAGAAAAUGCACAUGUCUAUCGAAAACAAGAAACGCCAUCUACCUUGAAGGUGUCUUAUGAUGUCAAUAAAGGGGGAAUAGAGUAGCGUAGUGGUUAAGUUGUUUGGCUGUAACCGAAAACCCGGUUCGAUCCUUAGCAAUUGACAGUGGUUGUGUAUGAAGUAUCUCGCACUCGCGUGGCUGGAAGAAAACAAACUUCGUACACUUAGGGUUGGUGGAUAUUGCUAUGUUAUUCAAUAUCGAUAAUGUGAGACGAGGCGAGUAAUCUUAGAUUUUUCUUAACCCGAUGUAAAGAAGUGCUUAAGAUCUGUAACUGAAGCGGACAUAAAAUAUUCAUGAACAGACAUUGAAAGUCUAGACCUCUCACAGAGCAGAAAUGAUUUUGAGAUUGAAUUUUGGGAAACAUUUACGAAUUUGUGAAGGUAAGAUAGCAAAGGGUUUGGGGUGUAAGUUACACCUAUUGUGAUAAAUGAGAGUAUAGAAGAAUAUCUGUGGCAACGAACCCGAGGUUUGGAAUAAGUAUAUAUUUGUAGUUUUGUUUGGAUCAUUCACGUUGGUGUUAACUAGUUAGUGCAGGAAUCGGAAGUAAAAACUCCACUUAACUUUAACAGGUGCUUGAUGCAUUCGGCACAGAGGAACAGAACCAUCACGGAAGUGGUCUGACCCGUAUUGUUCCGGGAGAAGCCGAAUGGUUACGGCAAGGAGCGAGUGGAGACGAAUAACCCAAGAUCAUCUGAACCAAAUGUGUAUAUAUGUGUAUAAGAGGUUUACACGCUGUAAUCGUGUAACAAAGGUUUUAUGUAGUUUUUACAAGCAUUCUAUUGUUACGUAACUGUGAUCAUUUGGUAUACUGUGAUUUUGUAUGUCUGACUUGAUUGACUUCAGUGUAAAGCUUCUUAGGUCUUGAGACAACACGAGGCCUAGUGUCAAGAAAGAAUGGUAGUCUUUCUUGCUUAAUGUACAAUUUGUGGGGCAGGGUGAACGACUUGCACACAACUUACUGAGUCCGGCAGACGCUCCCAGGGGAAGGCGGCGAAGUGAUGCUGACACUUAGUACUAGAUAGCUGUAUUGACCGGUCAAUUCGUCCCUUCAAGUCCCUGAAUUGCCUUUCUUCUGGUUUGUCCACGCUCUUCACGAUGUCUGUCGGCUCUGCUCUAUUCGCCUGUCCUGCCUGACUAACAAACUGCAUCGGUCUGCGUAGGUUGGCAAUUCUCAUGAACAUAUUCUGCCUAGCUGGCUAUAUUUUGACGAGCUUGACACAAAUUUAUGUCUGACAAGUGUGCACAACAAUAAUGUUACAUUAAUACACUUUCAAAACUCCCUCAGUAAAAGCGUUAGCUGCAUCAGUUGUUUGGAUACAGUUUCUAGAGACAGGGAAGCCGAUCUCCCUUGGUUUAUCUGGAUCCUACCAUUCCCAGUGAAAUUGUCCUGAUAAAUACAUUACGAAACGAACGAGUUAAGAGUACGAGUUAUUGCCACUCAAUAAGUCCACCAACCCUCAUUUUGAUUGGGGGAUCAAAGUCGUCAGAUCUUGACUCAGGUAAAUAUAUAGUAGAGUUAAAGAUCUGCUCGAAGUAAACCUGAAUAUUAUCGUCAAUGCGAGAAUGAUACAUUUUACGUAGGCGUGUUAUAGAGAUGCGUAGUUGGAGCGUCUGAAUGGUGUGCGUGUAAUGGGAAUCGAAUUGUGUGAGCACCGUGACCUAGGAACUGUGUAUGCAAAUAGUUUGUUUUCUUCACCGUCUCUGUGUUUACUAAUAGUUACAUUUGAAAGUCUCAAUCAAUCGAUAAUAACAGGGCGUGACCUGUACCUCAUGAUAUAAUUCCCGCGCCACUGUUAUAAUUACAAAUCUGGGCCCCGUUCCUCAAAGCGAUCGUAGCGCUACGACUGUUGUAAGGCUAUGUUAAAGUAUGGGAGUGACGAUCGCCUUAGCGCUACGACCGUUUUGUGGAACGGGGCCCAGAUCACGUGUUGAAAAACCACGUGACGCUUGAAAUAGCACGAUCAUUUCAACUUCGUUUCAAGAACACGUAUUGCUUAGAACGAGCAUUCGACCUUGAAUGGAUGGUUGGUAAGUCAAAUGGACAAAACAAAGACACUCCUAAACUGUCACAGACACGUAUAAUAGGCCUACAUAGUACAUACCAACCAAUCAGAUGUACUUGUGUAUGCUGGGAUGAUUAAGUGCGUACGAUAGACGUACUACUGUGUACGUUCGACUAUUUAAUUUGGGUUCCCGGAAGUCAGAGUGUCUACUCGUCCGGAUACGAAUUAUUGUGGCGAGAGUUGACAUGUCCGGUAUGGACAUUAUAAGUUGGUCAAAGGUCACGAGGUGGACAUGGGUUGAUGUACCAUCGAUGUUUGUUUACGUUCCCUGAGCCCUGAACAUAAACAAACAUCGAGGGUACAUCAACCCAUGCACCCCUCGUGACCAGUGAACA